CGAGGAGCACUUGUAUGUAAACAAGAGAGAAAAAAAGUACGUUACGAAGACAACCAUGUGACGUCAUAAGACUACAGCAAGUAUGUCCGCACGCAAUAGUGUUGAGACGUUGCCCUUCUGGUUCAAUACCAUCUGCUAACCCUACAUGGCCGAAACUUUGACCACUUGAUAGCUCCCCUUCAACCAUCAACAAUUCUGUCCGCACUCAUCUUUUUCUCUGUCUGUCUGGUGGAAAUGGAAUUGAUUCUACUGGUUGGUGCUUGGGGCGUGUCUGGCGCGGAGAGAUGUCUGUUGAAUGUUCCAUGUUUUAGUCAAGACAGCACAUUGCUAUGAAACUUGAAAACAAAUGUUCCAAUGUUUCUUUCUAUUCAUCCAAUAGCUAAGUGAGCAUGGAACAGAUUCCCAAUAAAGACACGCCGACAACUGAAGAAGACAAGAAGGAAGAAUCAGUGAAACCAACUUCCUACAAAGAGACGUUGUUGAACGCAUGUGAUGAAGCAGCGGAAAUUGCCAAAACUACAGCCCAUCAUCUUUACACUUCUGCAAAAAGUGCUGUUGAAAAUGUAGCUGAAAAAGUUCAAAGCUACACCAACACUUUAUCAAAGACUUCAACGGGCAUUCAUAAAGUCAACUCGACUUCGGUAGAUCCAGAAAUUCCCUUCUCGUACCCAGAUAUCUGCAUCAAUCCAUUCAGCAACGAUAUAGCAUACCCCAUACUACCUCUGUGUGUUGCAACCCCUGGAGGCUUUCCAGCAGAAAAUCAGAGAUUAGAACAAAGAAUUCCGGUCAAUCCUAAUUCUACAACGUAUCCUGGCUCUUUCCCUUGGCCUCUUGAUUGCCUGUCAUCAUAUCCAUAUCCAUUGCCAUCAGCUCUCCUUUACUCACAAUUAUUUUACCCGCCACUUUUGCAUGAAGCUGUGAACUCUCCCUAUUUACAGUUGCCCGCAUGUCCAGAGAAACUCGUCAAGAAAAGAAAACAUUCCAAAAAGAAGAAGAGAAAGAAACGUGUUCGUCAUGUCCACUUAGAGGACAAUGAACCGUACAGCUGGUCUCAUCCUGCAGUCAGGAAAGCCAAAUGGUGGAGUGUGUGGAAUCAUAUGGAUGACAGACAAGACUCGAUCCAAGCACAUCCAGUCAAGAGUCUCAUGCCAACCUUUUAUCAAUAUCCCCAGCAAGAUACUGCCUCAGUUUAUCAAGUAGCUGGAAGUUAUGGCCUCUCCCCAGGUCCGUCAGAAAAGAAACACGUAGCACAUAGGAGACAACUGAACACAAGGAAAAGGCUGGGGAGACCAAGGUCAACCCUGUCCAACGAUUGGGAUCUAGAGGAGCCGUGUACUGGACACCGAUCAGAAGUGGAAGAGACGGGGAUUGACGGCCCUUACAUGAGAAGAUGUUCAGUGACAAGAUCUACUUCAGUCAGCGAUACAAAUAAAUCACUUGGACAAGAGGAAUAUGAGCCUAAGCGUACGCCUGAGCCGCGGGUUCGUUGCCAUGACGACGAAGUGACGGAAGUGAACGCCACAUUUGUUCGUAGCUUGCAAGUGAAAGUAAAAAGCAGAAAAAAGAAUUGUUUGAAAAUCAAACGUUUUAACGUGGACGUCCAGUCGGCCCAGUUACUCAGCUCUUUGUUGUGCUGUGAUAAAAGCCCAUCCCCUCAGAAAGCUGAACGCUCCAGUUUAAAAGAAUUCUUAACAGAAACUCAAGUCUGCGAGCCGCGGAAACACAACAAAUGCAGCCGCAAUCCUUGUAAGUCUGAAGACUGCUUUCUGGUCACCUCUAGCUGUUGCCAUGCCAACCAAGGAAGACACUUAAAACAGUUAAUGUCUCAUUUUUAUGAAGAUCUCGUCAAUUUACCCGACAGGACGUGUCCGACUGGCGUCAACUUACCGGACAUGACGUGUCCGACUGGCGUCAACUCGAACAAAAGUAACACAGUACUGACAGGUCCGUAUAACGAGCCGCUAGCCCAGAGCUGUACACCUGAACAGAUAGUUGCAUGUCAAACAAAGAAUCCGUGUCCAAGAAAUAAUGAGGCCAAGAACUGUAAAAAGACAAGGUCCCCUUGCAAGCCUGAGAAGUGUGACAAGCUUGAGAAAGACUUUGAUGAGCUGAGAUUUCCCUGCCCUGACGUAGAUUGUUGUAUGGGAGGAGUGUUACGACUGAAGAAACAAAGCAAGCUCAAAAGUAAGUCUCACUCAUUUCAUACAUCUAACAACGAUGAAUCUGAAAAAUCAAAUGAACAAAUGUCUGAAGAUCUCACAGAAUCCUCAAACAAUGAAAACAAUAUUUACACAGCAGACAUGGCAAUGAUUAAAAAGAAAACCAGGAAAAAGAAUCGUUCCGGAAAUAAAAUGGAACUUUCUUAUACCGGGCCAAAUGGAAGUGCGCCUGGGUUGUCAUUGUGUCAAAAAUUUCUGAUCUCUUCUACUGCAGCCUGUAAUGUAACUGUGUCUCAGAAUAUUUCAACCAAUCCAAACGCUCCAUGUCCGAGUCCUUCCCUACAGGAAGCCACUUCUGCUCCUGUAGUCUAUGGUAUUUACGAUUCACAGAAACAAUUAAAAGGUCACCAUCUGGUCUACAACAUUCAUGGCGGUGUUUCCGGCGACAAUAAAAACAUGCGCAAGAGAGAGAAAAUUUCGUACGUCUGCUCUGAUAGGAAGGUCAAAUCUCGUCCUAUAAGAUCUAAACUGAUUGGUAGGCAGUGCAGUAGACUUCAUUGCAGCAUCCUAUCCCCAUGUAAUGGUUCACCUCUGAAGACUUCUCUAGAUGAUUGUGAUCUUAGACAAUGUACACGGCCAGAAAAUGACCAAGAAAUCAGUCCAGAUUCUAAUGUUUCAGUCUCUUCCAGUGAACACUGUUACACGUGCAGCGAACGAAACUCCAGGUGUUUCCAGUCUCCUGAACGUAGUAAGCCAAUGUUUGAGUUUGGGCUGAGUCCAUGCCAAGAACUGAUCCAUUGGGACUGUGGCAAGAAAAGAACAAAGGUUGGCGGAAAAUGUUUGCAUGAAAACAAGAAAGUGUGUUAUGUGUCUAAAUGUGGAAAGAAAACACACCAUCGUUGUCCACACAAGUAUAAUUGUUGUCUAAAAGCCAAAUGUUUAGGACCAAACUAUGAAUGUCGUCCAUUGUUAACAUGUUUGGAGCAAAGAAUUGAGUGUGGUCAAAUACCAGAGUGUUUGCAAAAAACAUAUGAUUGUUGUCUAAUGCCACCAUGUUCAGAUCAAACAUAUGAUUGUUGUCUAAUGCCACCAUGUUCAGAUCAAACAUAUGAUUGUUGUCUAAUGCCACCAUGUUCAGAUCAAACAUAUGAUUGUUGUCUAAUACCACCAUGUUCAGAUCAAACAUAUGAUUGCUGUCCAGUGCCUGAAUGUCCAAUGCCAAAAUGUUCAGAUCAAACAUAUGAUUGCCGUGCAGUACCUAAAUGUCCAGUACCUAAGUGUUCAGAUCAAACAUAUGAUUGCCGUCCAAUGCCUAAAUGUUCAGAUCAAACACAUGAUUGCCGCCCAUUGCCUAAAUGUUCAGAUCAAACAUAUGAUUGCCGUCCAAUGCUUAAAUGUUCAGAUCAAACAUAUGAUUGCCGUCCAUUGCCUAAAUGCUCAGAUCAAAAAUAUGAUUGCCGCCCAUUGCCUAAAUGUUCAGAUCAAACAUAUGAUUGCCGUCCAAUGCCUAAAUGCUCAGAUCAAACAUAUGAUUGCCGCCCAUUGCCUAAAUGCUCAGAUCAAACAUAUGAUUGCCGCCCAUUGCCUAAAUGCUCAGAUCAAACAUAUGAUUGCCGCCCAUUGCCUAAAUGUUCAGAUCAAACAUAUGAUUGCCGACCAAUGCCUAAAUGUUCAAAUCAAACAUAUGAUUGCCGCCCAUUGCCUAAAUGCUCAGAUCAAACAUAUGAUUGCCGCCCAUUGCCUAAAUGUUUAGAUCAAACAUAUGAUUGCCGUCCAAUGCCUAAAUGUUCAGAUCAAACAUAUGAUUGCAGUCCAAUGCCUAAAUGUUCAGAUCAAACAUAUGAUUGCCGCCCAUUGCCUAAAUGUUCAGAUCAAACAUAUGAUUGCCGUCCAAUGCCUAAAUGUUCAGAUCAAACAUAUGAUUGCAGUCCAAUGCCUAAAUGUUCAGAUCAAACAUAUGAUUGCCGUCCAAUGCCUAAAUGCUCAGAUCAAACAUAUGAUUGCCGCCCAUUGCCUAAAUUUUCAGAUCAAACACAUGCCGCUUUAGUACCUAAAUGUUUACAGAAAGCUUAUGAUAUUGAAGAAAAGCCGAAAUGUUGCAAACCAACUUGUCAAUCUUGUCCAAUUUCAAACUAUUCAGAACAAAAUGUUUGCGGCACAAAAUUGUCUAAACAAAAUAACGUUUGCAACAAAUAUCCAACAUUUUCAGAAAAAUAUAAUAAAUGCCCCCGCAUACCAAAAUAUUCAGAAAAAAAUGACGUCUGCAAACAAAAUAAGAUAAAUUAUGUACAGAAUAAUGAAUGCUCCCAAACACUCAAAUAUUCAGAACUAAAUGAUUGUUGCCAAAUUUCUAAAUGCUAUGAAGAAAACAAAGAUUGCUGUCCGACACCAAAACUCGUAGGAGAAAAUAAUCUUUGCCAUCAAACGUCAAUGUACUUUGAACAUCCAAAUGAUUGCCAACAAGUGCCAAUGUAUUCUGAACAAAGUAAAAAUUGUUACCAAAGGUCUAAAAAUUCAGAACGAAAUAACCACAGAGAAUGCCCUGUAUAUAAAACAACUUGCCAAGUAGACAAAGAAUUGGAGGAUUGCCAUGUGUCUAGUCCAAGUAAUCAGUAUUGUCAUGUGUAUAGUCCAAGUAAUCAGUAUUGUCCUAGUCAUAUAAAGGAGAACAUGACUGAAAUGAAUGCCAGAAAAACAAGUGGCACUAAAGAGUCAACAAGGACCUGCACAGCCAACUCUACACAAACUUUUCCCCGGAAUAAAUGCCAUAGAAAACUCAAAGAAAGCAAACCGAAAGCAUGUCACAGAGAUGAAGGUGUUCAUGUAAAGUCGAAUUGUUUCGUUAAAUCCAACAUGUGCAAGACAGAUAGCAGUGGCUAUUUAAAAAGUCAAAGUGAAGAUGAAAAUGUCGUCUGCCAGAAGAAAGCUAAGGAAAACCUUGGUACUCAGAAGACUGAACCACGUGCUGAAGACUUCAUUGAACCGUGCAAUUUAACCAAGAAGUCAUCCACAGCUAAACCCAAGUCUUACCAACAAAAGACAUGCAAAGAAAGUUCAAAUAUUGAAUGUGAGACUAGAAAUGACCACACUAAGUCAAUACCUAAAGUAAUACCGUGUAAAUCAGGAAAGAUUUCCCCAAGUCAGGAAAAAGAUGUCUGUCAAAUGUGCCCCAGUACAGGUCACAUGUCUCCGUGUGUGUGGGACGACAUUUCCCCAUGUGAUGGAAACGAUGAAUCUGUAGUCAUACGCAAACAAGAUAAAGACGCAAAGCCUGAAUCACGUGAUCAGGUUAGAUCGCGGGAAACCACGAAAUCUGUAAAGUCUAAACGAAGAAAAAAGAGUUUGCCACAGUGCAAACAGAUGAAACCAGAACCUAGGAAAUCAGAAGACAAGGAAGAGAUGAGUGAGACAUCAAGUUCUAGCAGACACAACAGCAGCAGAGACACACAAUCCUCUUCCACUAGUCAGAGUGAUCACUACAAGAGUUCAACAACCAGCGAUGAAAGUAAGAAUGAUAAAAAAUCAACUUUCAAUGAUGAAAGUAAUACAGAUAAGAAAUCAAAUUCAACAAGAAAAACUCAAGCUGACAAGAAGCCAUUAUCUCUCUGCCAAAGAAAAGAAAAGAAAUCCAAGUUAACCGAUGAAAGUCAACAAAUAAAGAAAGCAACAUCAAAAAGUAAAAAAGAUAAAAAAUCAACUUCAGCUGAUGAUGUUUUUAAAGAUAAAUCAACUUCAAUUAGUCGAAAUAAAGAUAAGAAUUUAACUUCAGUUAUUCCAAAGAAUAAAGAUAAGAACUCUGAUGGUCAAAGUAAAGAUAAGAACUCUGAUGGUCAAAGUAAAGAUAAGAAAUCAACUAAAAAGGAAGGGACUAAGAGAGAUAAGAAAUCAGCCUCAGUCAGUCAAAGUAAUACAGAUAACAAAACAAGAGCAACAGAUAACAAAACAAGAGCAACAGAUAACAAAACAAGAGCAACAGAUAACAAAACAAGAGCAACAGAUAACAUUAAAAAAGACGGCCAAUCAGAUUCUCUUAGUCAAGAUAAGAAAUCUCUUUCAAAGGACGACAGUAAUAAAACCAAAAAGUCGUCAAGCAGUCAAAGUGAUGAAGCAGUAAAGUCAGUUUCCAAAAGUCAAAGUGAUGAAGCAGUAAAGUCAGUUUCCAAAAGUCAAACCGAGGAUACUGUCAGUUCUUCAAGCGAUGACAGUGAACUGGCAAUCAAGCCCUAUCUCAGCAGCCAAAGUGACAACACCAUGACAUCGUCUUCAAGCAGCCAAAGUGAUAACGCCGUGAAAUCUACAUCUUCCCAUGAAUCAACUAAACAAGUUCUGGAAAAUGAAGACAGUCAGGAGACUGAUUCUGCAUGUGCUUGGCGGUGUAAUUCACUUAAACGCAACAACACAAGCAAUUCCUUCCCUAAUGCCAGUUUUAGCCAGUUCAGUUGCCAAACUAACAACAGUUCUGAAGUUGCAGGCAACACUGAUGUCCUUGUCAAUAGCCAAAAGGUAGGAAGCGACUGUAGAAAGUCUAGAUAUCACAAAGUCACAAAAAAGAAGUCAAGCUAUUUCAGAACCAUGCCAUCCGAUCAAAAAUUUCGAUGCAACAGUUCCAGCCAAAAACACAAAAAAUUAAAAUUUAUGUACAGACACCCUAACCGUGUAAAAUCCAAAUGGCCUGAUUGCAGGAGUUUGAAUCCUCGAAGAAAUACUGCAAUGCUCUACCUCGCUGAGACCAAAAGCACACCACAAACAGACUGCUAUCAAAUAAAAGAAACACCAAGCUUUGAAAAGCUUAAUAAACCAAGCCGUGAAGACUACGAACAAAGCAAGCGAACAUCAAAAUGUGAAGCCCAAGCUAAACCUUGCAAUGAGAGGCAAGAGACAUCUAGCACCAAGUCAAAAUGUCUACGUCUAAAGCAGCCAGUUCAAUCCACGAAACAUGACUCUGUUAGAGGAAUGAAACAAGAUAGUGAUUGUUCGAACAUCAGCUGCAAUUCUAUGCAAUGUUCGUUUAGUUAUCAAACUUUGUUGAACUAUUGGCAAACUAUGUGCUCCCAGCAAGAACAGACUAUCUCCGACAUUAAACAUUCCCAGGAGAACGAAAAAAUAUCUCAACACGUUGGCAGCAAAAAGUCGAACAAAACUGAAACUAGAAAACAAAGUAACAAGAAACCGUCAAGUUUGAAAAGUACAUCUUAUUAUAUUAUAGACAGUAGUAGUAAAAACAUAGACAGUUGCAGCCAAAACUUGAGUCCUAAUAAUUCCCAAUCAUAUUCAUCUUCUUUAGAGACUCCUACAAUACUUUAUUCUACAAGCGAUGCCUACAAUUGUCCAGCAUGUAGCCAUCUAACUAACCAAUCAUUUCCCAACAACAUUUAUGUUUGGGAUAAGUCUAAACUUUCUUCUCCAACCCAUCAGGAUUGUCUAUCUCGUAAUGAAGGUUGGAAUCAAACACUGAAGUUAGAUUCAGAUGAAAGAGCAAUACCGAGGGAUAACUUGGGUCCUGAACACUUUGAAACUAAGAUACAAACCUCUCAAUUGAAAUCUUCCAAAACCAACAUUCCAAACCUAGAGAGAGUAAGAAACGUUGUAUUAGCUGAUAGCCAUUCCAGCAACAUCCAGCAAAGUUUAGGUCACAGCCCAAUCCAAAAGAAAUGUACAUCUUCCUCUCCUGGUUGUGACUUGCCCAGCUGCAGCACUGAAUUAGAUCAGACACACACUUUUUCUAAGCGCCAAUCGCGACAUCAAAGAAACGUGAAAGCGCCAUGUUACAAAUGUUCUAAUGGAAAAGAACUCAAGAUGCUUUCAUCUCAUAGCUGUGCUCAAUGUAGAAAACAGACAUCUCCAUGUCACAGCUGUGCCAGACAAACGAAACAGCUGUCGCCCUGUCGUAGUUGUGUUUAUGUAAAUCAGGCCUCUAGUUGUCAAUCGAGUGUUUCUCAAGUUAAAUACGCGUCUCCGUGUCGCAGUUGUGUAAAUGGUAAACAAACCUGCCAGCUGUCUCCGUGUCGCAGCUGUGGAAACGAUAAACAAGCCAGCCAGCUGCCUCCGUGUCGCAGAUGUGUAUAUGAUAAACAAACCAGCCAGCUGUCUCCGUGUCGUAGCUGUGGGAAUAAUAAACAAACCAGCCAUCUGUCUCAAUGUCGCAGCUGUGUAGAAGGUAAAAAAAACAGCCAGCUGUCUCCAUGUCGCAGCUGUGGAAAUAAUAAACAAACCAACCAGCUUUCUGCAUGUCGCAGCUGUGUGAAUGCAAGGAAAUGUGCAAAGAUACAAUCUGAAAAGUGUAUAUGUCCUAGCUAUGAAUGUCAAGCUGACAGUCCCAUGACAUCUCCAGUUGACAUUCAUGGUGACCAAAAUCAUGUGAUCUCUAUGCCUCCAUGUCGCGACUGUAGACAUUCAACUCGAAAACGCAAAAACAACAAAAAGCCUACUAUUAAAACCUGUAAAAGAAAAACUAAUGAUUUAGAUAAUUCAUUCCCAUGCAUGUGCUGUACUUUGCCUUUAGAAGAAAGAUUUCACACCAAACCAUCAUCACAAUGUCGGUCUCAUUGCAAGCCAUCGAAAUCAGCUGUCAAAGAAAACAAGACCACUUUGUCAAUGGUUCUAUCUCCCAAGACUUUGUCAGAGCAUAAACUCUCUUCACAUCCUUCAUCUCCUACUGAACAAACGCGUUCUUCAUUUUGUAUCGAACCAACAAAUCUAGUCACUCUGGAGCAGACUUGGAAGUGUCAACAAAGAAAGUUUUCUAGUCAGAUCUCAAUGUCGAAUGAAAGGCUGAAUACCAGACAUUUGAACGAACCUAGAACAACUAUAGACUCUUUAAGUUACGCUAAGGAUAUAACAGGAGAAUUCGCUAAAUAUGUUUCUCGUACAGCAGAUGAAACAACAAAAUCUGGGAUCACAGAUGAGCCCAAUGUUUGCCUGCCACCAUUAGAAGACAACAAAAUGGUUGGACCUGAGUUGUUGGCCGUGUCUCAAAGUUCAAUACACAAGACAACUCAGGAGAUCUCUAAAGGUCAAGGGGACUUACUGCUUCAAGAUAAGUCCAGUUAUUUACAAAACUGGUUCAACAUUUUAAAUCUUCCAGCACAGAACAGACAGUGUGUCUCUCUUUAUUCAUCCUCUUCCUGCUUGCAGGCUACCCAUGUUACCAGCCCGAGCACUUUGUCUCUCUGCUCCCAUUCGGCACGUCUUUCUUCAUCCACUUUGUCCACUAACUGCCCCAUCUGCCCCAAAACCUGUGCAGGUGAAACUACUCGAGAUGGAGCCACUGAUUCCUGCAAACACGAACACACGCACGAAACGUUGUACUGGGACAAUCCACGUGAUUUAGAUGAAUCCAAAACAAAACUAAUGGAAAGUCUUUCGGUUUCUAAAUCUGUAAGUGAUGAGAUCGAGGUGAUCUCUCUUGGUGAAGAGUGGAAUCAGCAUUGUGGAAGUAAUUCUGCUAAAUCAGAAGAGUGUCAGUCUCAGAACUGUUCUUAUCCUCCCAUCAGUCCUCUACAAGAAGCAGUUCCGGUAUUGGAGAGUUCACAUAGAAGUCUAGAUGUAAAAAUUCAGACAAGAAGUCAUUCUUCCUUUGUUAGUUCCACAGAACGACCUAGCUAUAGAGCAAGAUCCCCAGACAGGACUCACAAGCUACAUAAAACAAACCUGCUCUCUUGUACACGCAAACACACUCAUUCAUUCGCGACACUACCCCAACCUCCUAGCCCAUCCAUGAACCAGUCUUUGUCUGCUGUCUCUCACAGAUUUGGAGACAAAACUGACGUGGACAAAACUGGCGUGGACAAAACUGGCGUGGACAAAAGACAAAGCUUUUUAUGUCAGCCUUCACCCAAUCAAAGAAAACGUCUAUCAAGUUCAUUUCUGAUUUCAAUAAAGAGACCAGAAGUAUCAUCGGUUGCUCCUUCUAAAUGUAACAUGCCACAGUUUCUUAGCCAAUCUCGUAGAUCUAGAAAUAGUUGUCAACGACGUAAGCAUUGUAGUUCUCCAAUGGUCCAAACAUCUGCCAAUGUUACUGUGACAAAUCAGUCAAAAGCACUCAAGUCUUCUUUGACUAGAUCUGUGUUCAACAUUCAAAGUCCUAGUUUACUGGAAAAAAAGUAUUCAACACUUAAUGGUAGAAGUCACUUUUCAAGAGACAAUACUUCCAGGUCGAACCUUGAACCUUUUGGACAGAGUACUAAUCUAGGGAUCAGUCGUAUCAGUGCUGAACUAAAGGCCAAACUUUUGUCACCAUGUGAACAUUCAAAAAUGUCAAUCAACUCAAAUCACUCAAAGGAAAAUGACAUGAAAUAUUUAGAAACUUGUAGCGAAGAAGAAUUUUGGAGAUAUUUGUAUAGAGUUAAAAAACGAAUUCCUACUGAGCACUGGACAGAUACUGAUCUAUAUUUGAAGAAACAUAGAACAAAUUUCCAUGAAAAGAUAAAAACAGAAGGUGUCAGAUGUAGUCUAUCGCAUUGGAUAUGUCACCUAGCCAAACCAAGAGAGCAAGACACUUUUUUAGUUCACAAUGUUGAUAUCAAUCAAGAGAAAGUUUCCACUGACUGCAUUGAACAGACAACUGAAAGUGCAUCUCUUCAUCACACUCAAUACACUCAGUGUCAGGAAUGUUCUUUUCAUAGACAGCUGCCUAGAUGUCAGAGAGAUGACAUAUGUCCCAGCACAGAGACUAGUCAUGAAACUAAAAUCAGAACUCAAUGUCCCAGUACAGAGACUGGUCGUGAAAGUAAAAGCAGAACUCAAUGUCCCAGUACAGAGACUGGUCGUGAAAGUAAAAGCAGAACUCAAUGUCCUGCACCAAGAAAAGAAACAAAUUAUUGUCAGUGUUGUCUGGCUCAUAAACGAAGCCCACCAACUCGCAUCUCUAUUCACAUCAACACAGAUACAAAGAGACCAUGUCAACUCACUCGAGAUGCUUCUAUUACUUUCCAUGAACGAAACAAGAUACAGAAGACAUCGCAGAAAAGCCGUACAAACUCAAACCUCAAUUUCGUGGGUUUUUCGAGGAAAUCUUCUGCUGGCGUUACUGAUUUUCCUGACACUUCAGCAGAAAUGAAGGCAAACUUACUAUUUUUAAGUAAGUUGUUUAAACAUCAUGUUUCUGAAUGUUCAGGACACCAAAAAGUCAGAAAAAACAAAAUUCACCAAAAUAUGUUUCAAGCCAAGCACAAGAAAACAAGUUUUUUAAAUGUACAAACUAAUCGACCAUCAGAUUCUGGCAGUGAAAUAUCCUUCAGCUCUAAUGACUUUCAAAGUCAUACGAAUAGAGCAGGACAACAGAGAGAUCAUCUUUGCAUUCAUCAGAAACCAAAAUCUAAUUCAAAGAUUAGGGGACAAAAAAAGAAUAAAAACAUCGAUUCUGAACAUGAUCGGGAUAUAUUUGAAAGCAAACGAAACAUAGUGCCACAUACGAACAUAACAGGCACAUCACGUGACCCCAUGAAUACAUUAUCCAGGAAGCAUUGUGGGAUAGCAGGUCAAAGUGUCACUAGGAGUGAGUUCGUGGAUUGUUUGGAUGAGGCGCUGAGGAAUGUCAAGAAACAAUGUGUACGUCCUACUCUAUGGGACACAAGAUUCUCAGAACCUCUCGAUGCUUCAACGUGGAGACACAGGGAGGCGGAAAUAACGGAUCUCUUUGGAGAAAUGUUUACAUCACACGAACCAAAAGUUGCUGACGAAUCCACUAGUCAUUAUCCUGAUACAACAAAACAUUCAGUAUGUAAGCAAGCAUCUACUCAUGAUCAUCACUGCCUCAGUCCCAGCUCUACUGACCAUCACUAUCUCAGUCCCAGCUCUACUGACCAUCACUAUCUCAGUCCCAGCUCUACUGACCAUCACUAUCUCAGUCCCAGCUGUACUGACCAUCACUAUCUCAGUCCCAGCGCUACUGACCAUCACUAUCUCAGUCCCAGCUCUACUGACCAUCACUAUCUCAGUCCCAGCGCUACUGACCAUCACUAUCUCAGUCCCAGCGCUACUGACCAUCACUAUCUCAGUCCCAGCUCUACUGACCAUCACUAUCUCAGUCCCAGCGCUACUGACCAUCACUAUCUCAGUCCCAGCUCUACGGAAACAUCUUUGAGCUUAAGUUUCUGUUCAAAUGCCCAAAGUGCCAAUGCUAUCAGAUCAUUGUGUGCACGGACAAGUAGUGCCUUCAAGUAUCCCAAAGAUAACCGAAUCAUCAAAUCUCACGCUCCACUGGAUCCGACCAAGUAUCGAAGUACUUUAAAGAAUUGUGAACUAAUUGAUUCAGAACUAAAUAAUCUCAAGAUGAAGUCGACAUUGAAACAGAAGUUAAUUGCGCGGGCAUGUCAGGAAAACUUCAAAAGUAACCUAAAAAAUAAAAAUAAUUUCUCUUGUCUGGAAGCAGACGUCAAUGUACAUUUCAAUAGGAGAAAAUCUUGUACGCCACUUAUUUCAAAACGUCCGCGCAGUUCAAGACUACAAUUUCUGCUGACGUCUCCACCGGCUACGACUCCAGCACCAAACUCUUUACCAACGAAUCCAUCUAGUUCUGUGAUUUUUACAGACCUCAUUUCUACUAAGGUCAAGAAUGUUCCAGUAGCGAUAUACAGAGACACAUAUGGAACCUUUGAAAGGAGAAGAUAACUUGCCGUCUGCUGUCUGUUUACCUUCAUAAAGCUGAUCAACUUUUCCCUAUUUAAAUUAUUUUCCGGACUCAAAAACUGAUUUACUUUCUGUGACUCUAAUGCAUUGUCAAACUAAAUAGCGAGCAACGAACAAAUCUAAAGAGUUUGUUUGAUAUUUCAAGAAAUGUAAAGAGUUCAUUUAAUUUAUAUCAAAAGUGUUGAUUUAAUAUCAAAAAUAUUGAUUUAAUAACCAAAUAAUUCAUUUAAAGAGUUGAUUUAAUAUAUUAAGCAGUAUAAAGAGCUCAUUUUAUUCUGGUGGGACCGCCUCUGAGUUUGUGUGAUAACACAAACUCUAUUUGUGAUCUUGUGGUUUUUCGUGUGGGCUGGGCUAAUGAAAGUUUUUUUUUCCUAGUGUAGUUUGCUGUUGAGGUACACAUUAAUAUAACUAAGAGAUUCGGUGUAAAAAAAAAUACAUGUGUUUCCUGUUCAGUGGACAGUAUAUCAAUAAGUCUAUGUGUUGACCAGAGGAAAUGUUUACCUAGUGGAUAUCAUUUGAAUGAGUUCUGCUGACAAUUGGCGAAUGUUUGCAAUUCUCGCCUACAAAUAGAAAACAAAACUGUCCUCAGAAACCAAAACAAAGUACUCAGUUUGCUGGAGGACAACUCUUGUCCAAUACAGUUUGGGUUUUAAGAUACAGCAAAAGUUUCACGUUUCUUAUUCAUACAAAUAGUUUAAAUUAGAUUUAUUUUUAUAUCAAUAAUUAUGCGAUUGUUCCCCCUGAGACCAUAUCAAGACAAAAAUAGAUAUUGGUUUACUAUUCUUCUUAUUAGCUUGCACACGUUUCAUCGGUAGAACCCAAAACCUGGAACCUAGACAGGAUUUUGAAAACGGCUCUAAAGAUCUUCCUAGAAAUUUGACAGUUUCUAUCUUUGGAACCAAAAAAUGACUAAUUACUACUCAGGUUUGACCGUAAUCGUAACCAGCGAUUUUUUUUUUCGGGCGGGUUAGGGAGGAAAAAGUGGAGCGGGUUACAUUUUUUAAAAAUAAAAAUCAAUCCUUCA